AUGGGCCAAAACAGUGCAAUCUCUUUCCUCCUUUCACCCGCAAGGAGUUGUGUUGAUUACUUCUCUUGUGAUACUCCUGUUGAUAAUAAAAGAUUGAAACUCUUUGGCUUUGAGAUAGAUUCUUGCCAGAAGAGUACCACUGCUCCUAGAUCUGAAAGAGAUGAAAGUGUUGUACAUUCUAGGACUGAUGAGCUGCCUAAAGCCGCAGGAAAUCCUCUGUGUUCCAUUGAGCUUCAGAAGUACAAAUGUGAAUUCUGUUCCAAGAAGUUCACAAACUCACAGGCCUUUGGAGGUCACCAGAAUGCUUAUAGAAAGGAAAGGCUGAUGAAAAAGGCAUACAGCUUCAAGCCAAAAGGGCAGGCUCUAAUGCCAAAAUUUUAUCUUUUUCUGACUAGCGAUGCUGUAAUCUACCAUUAUUCUCCCCGAGAUCUUGGAGAUCUGCCUUUCUGCCUUUCUGUUUGCAUUGUUGGUAAAUCUCAGAUAUAUAGUUUUGCUUCUCUAAAUCAACAUCAAAACUUCGAUGGUCUCCAUUUCUCACAUUCUAAAGCUCUUUCUCGACACUGCAAAUUUCAACUGUGA